UAAAAACUGGUGUUCCAAAAAAAUAUAUUUUUUUAGUGGUUGUCUAGUUAGGCAUUUUGUUUUAGCGUUAAGCAUAUUUUUACAUUUGUACGUUUAUAUGUAAAAAAAAAACAAAAACAUUACUUUCGUAAACUAGCUUCUUCCUUACUACCUGUGUGAAUAUCCCCUUACACACAGCUAAUUUGUUAGUGAUUGAAGCUGUUUUUAACGCUUCUAGGAACGAAAGAGCAGACAGAAAUGUUUAUAAAGCUCCGGGGAGAGAACGAUGAGCUCUUCACCGGAGCAAAGAACUCUGCCACUGUGGGAUGGAGGUACAGGAAUAAAUCUAUUUAGAAAUCCCAUUGUAAUAUCAAGGAUAGUUUUGGAGAAGAUGGGCCUGUCUGGUAAAGUGACACCAGCCCAAGCAAAGAAAAAGUGGGACAAUUUAAAAAAAAAAUAUAAAGAAUGCAAGUAUCCAGGGUCAGGAGAGGGAGUGAGUGGGAAGCCCACUGCUGCUACUUGGCCCUGGUUUGUCCAAAUGGAUGAGGUUUUAGGACAAAGGCCUUCAAUUUGCUCCCCUGUCCUUAUUGCCUCCAUCCCUAUGGACACUCCAGGGCCAAGUGCAGCAGUGAGUGACCAAGAGGAGAGAGAGGAAGAAGAGAGGGAAGGAGAUAGGCAGCCAGCAGCGAAGAAGAGGAGAAGGGACAGUGACCAGGAGCUGUUAGACCUCAUCAGGGAGGACAUGAGGCAGCAGAGAGAGGCUGAAGAGAGGAGAGCACAGGCUGAAGAGAGGAGGGCACAGGAGAGCAGGGAGAGGAUGGACAGGCUCUUCUCCAUUCUGGAGUGUUGGGUCCCCAAAUAAUUUUUUUUUUUCUUGGGGUGGGAGGGAUUAAAUUUUUUCCAUUGUUAGCUU